AUGACUUCCUCCUGCGUCAGCUUACCCUGCUCUCUGGGCUGCACCAAGCCUCUGGGAGCAAGAAACCUCCCCGUCCCUGUGGUUGAGGUCGAGUGCCCGACCAGACCAGAGUGUCUCUUGGCCAACCUGGCACACGCCAACCGAGUGCGUGUGGGGUCCACCCCUCUGGGCCGACCCAGCCUCUGCCUGCCCCCCACCUGUCACGCUGCUUGUCCCUUGCCGGGGACCUGCCACAUUCCCGGCAACAUCGGAAUCUGUGGGGCCUACGGCGAAGGCAGCCUGAAUGGCCACGAGAAGGAGACCAUGCAGUUCCUGAACGACCGCCUGGCCAACUACCUGGAGAAGGUGCGUCAGCUGGAGCGGGACAACUACGAGGCCAUGGUGGAGACCAACCGCCAGGACGUGGAGCAGUGGUUCCAAGCCCAGUCUGAAGGCAUCAGCCUGCAGGCCAUGUCCUGCUCGGAGGAGCUGCAGUGCUGCCAGUCGGAGAUCCUGGAGCUGAGAUGCACGGUGAACGCCCUGGAGGUGGAGCGCCAAGCCCAGCACACCCUGAAGGACUGCCUGCAGAACUCCCUGUGCGAGGCCGAGGACCGCUAUGGCACGGAGCUGGCCCAGAUGCAGAGCCUCAUCAGCAACGUGGAGGAGCAGCUGUCUGAGAUCCGGGCCGACCUGGAGCGGCAGAACCAGGAGUACCAGGUGCUGCUGGACAUCAAGGCCCGGCUGGAGGAUGAGAUCAACACGUACCGGAAACUUCUGGAGUGCGAGGACUGCAAGGAGGUGACCGUGUCUGUCUAUGCACCUGUGCCCCAGUCUGAAGGCAUCAGCCUGCAGGCCAUGUCCUGCUCGGAGGAGCUGCAGUGCUGCCAGUCGGAGAUCCUGGAGCUGAGGUGCACGGUGAACGCCCUGGAGGUGGAGCGCCAAGCCCAGCACACCCUGAAGGACUGCCUGCAGAACUCCCUGUGCGAGGCCGAGGACCGCUACGGCACGGAGCUGGCCCAGAUGCAGAGCCUCAUCAGCAACGUGGAGGAGCAGCUGUCUGAGAUCCGGGCCGACCUGGAGCGGCAGAACCAGGAGGUGCUGGGGGAGAUGCGGUGCCAGUACGAGGCCAUGGUGGAGACCAACCGCCAGGAUGUGGAGCAGUGGUUCCAAGCCCAGUCUGAAGGCAUCAGCCUGCAGGCCAUGUCCUGCUCCGAGGAGCUGCAGUGCUGCCAGUCGGAGAUCUUGGAGCUGAGACGCUCAGUGAACGCCCUGGAGGUGGAGCUACAGGCGCAGCACGCGCUGAAGGACUGCCUGCAGAACUCCCUGUGCGAGGCCGAGGACCGCUACGGCACCGAGCUGGCCCAGAUGCAGAGCCUCAUCAGCAACGUGGAGGAGCAGCUGUCUGAGAUCCGGGCCGACCUGGAGCGGCAGAACCAGGAGUACCAGGUGCUGCUGGACGUCAAGGCCCGGCUGGAGGACGAGAUCAACACAUACCGGAAACUUCUGGAGUGCGAGGACUGCAAACUCCCCUGCAAUCCCUGCGCCACACCUGCCUCCUGUGGCCUUUGUCCUGGCCGCGCCCCCACCACCUGUGCGCCUCCCCCUGCCAGUGGAGCUGGCACCUGGAGCCGAUUCUGA